UACAGCAUUACUGCUGUGGUGUAGGACAGGACUGAUUUAAGACAGGAUUGUUUAAACACUGGAAUUAACUGUUGAUAAUUCCUGAGACAGCAGGAUGAGUCAAUGGAAGCAGAUCCAGCAGUUGGAUAUAAAGUUCCUGGAGCAGGUGGAUUAUUUUUAUGAUGAUAAAUUUCCGAUGGAACUGAGACAGGUGCUGGCGAGCUGGAUCGAGAGUCAGGACUGGGAAACAGCCAUGAAUCACGAGGCCAUGGCGACUGUCCUCUUUAACAACUUUCUGAUCCAGCUGGAGAGACACUGCAGUCAGGAGCCGAACUUCCUGCACAGACACAAUCUAAAGAGAAUCUUUAAUCAGAUACAGCUGAAAUACAAAGCCACCCCUCAGCACCUCUCUGCUGUGAUCUCCAACUGUCUGAGAGAAGAGAGACGGAUCAUCUCGGCCGCCAGCAUGCAGGAGCAGGGUCCGUUGGAGAGAUCUAUGCAGAAUUCUGCAGCGCUGGAGAAGCAGAAGAACCUGGACAACAAAGUGGCUGUCAUCCGUAGUAGCGUGCAGCUUCUGGACCAGGCGGUCAAAUAUCUGGAGGACAUGCAGGAUGAUUUUGACUUUCGCUACAAAACCCUCCAACUUCGGGACCCAGUGGAAAGAAACUCUCAGAACAUGAAGCAAGAAGUCAUGACACUUCAAGAAAUACUCAACCGCCUGGACUUCAAACGGAAGGAGAUUUUAUCCAAGAUGGGAGACGUGUUGAAGGAGAUGGACGCUCUGAUUGCAUCUCAGCUGAUGCCGGAGCUGCAGGCGUGGAAGCGUCGGCAGCAGAUCGCCUGCAUCGGAGGUCCCGUCCUCACCGGCCUCGACCAGCUCCAGAACUGGUUCACCAUGACCGCCCAGAGUCUGUUCCAGAUCAAGCGGCAGCUGGAUAAACUGGGCGAGCUGAUCGUGAAGGUGACCUACGAGAGCGACCCCAUCCCCGUGCAGCGACCUCAGAUGGAGGAACAGGUCAAAUAUCUGAUCUACCAUCUCAUCAAGAGUUCCUUUGUGGUAGAGAAGCAGCCGUGCAUGCCAACACACCCUCAGAAACCACUCAUCAUCAAAACCCAGGUGCAGUUCACCACCAAAGUCAGAUUGUUGGUUAAGCUACCGGAGGUGGACUAUCAGCUUAAAGUGAAAACAACUUUUGACAACUCUGUUUUUAUUUAUAGUACCCGGCAAUUCUUCAUCCCCACCAACAACACCAAGGUCAUGGAUGUGGAAGAAUCCUCCAACGGCUGUUUAUCAGUGGAGUUCAGACAUUUGCAGCUGAAAGAGAAGAAAUGCACAAACGGCGCCAAAGGAAAUGAGGGUCCGUUAACCGUGACGGAGGAGCUGCACUCGCUCAGCUUCGAGGCCAUGCUGUGCUUGCAGGGUCUGGACAUCGACCUGGAGACCUGCUCCCUACCGUUGGUGGUGAUCUCCAACGUCAGCCAGUUGCCAGCCGGCUGGGGUUCGGUCAUGUGGUACAACCUGCUGACAGACGAUCCCAAAAACCUGGCGUUCUUUACCAACCCGCCAAGAGCCAACUGGAGCCAACUGUCCGAGGUGCUGAGCUGGCAGUUCUCUAGCUUCGCUGGCCGGGGCCUGAAUAAGGAGCAGCUAAGCAUGAUGGGAGAUAAGCUUCUAGGCCAAAAUGUGUCUUUUAAUGAUUGUCAAGUGUCCUGGUCCAAGUUCUGCAAGGAAAACAUUCCAGGGAAGUCGUUCAGUUUCUGGCUCUGGCUGGACUCCAUCCUGGAGCUCAUUAAGAAACACUUGCUUCCAGUCUGGAUCGACGGGUACAUCAUGGGUUUCGUAAGUAAGGAGAUGGAGCGAGCGCUGCUGAAGGAUAAAGAAUCCGGUACCUUCCUGUUACGCUUUAGUGAGAGUCACUUAGGAGGAAUCACUUUUACCUGGGUGGAGCAGGAGAACGGUGAGGCUAAAUUCAUCUCGGUGGAACCGUACACCAAAAACCGUCUCAGCGCUCUCGCCCUCGCCGAUAUUAUCCGGGACUAUAAAGUCAUUGCAGACGGAAUCGUUCCGGAGAACCCUCUCAAGUUUCUGUACCCGGACAUCCCGAAGGACGAAGCGUUUGGAAAACAUUACAACUGUCAUCCGCACAAAGUUUAUCCGUACAUAUCAACUAUUUUCAUUCCCAUCUCUGUGAACACCACUCCCCCACAGUGUUCGUCUCCGGAACCCCCGCUGUCCCCAGGAAUGUCUCGCAUGCUCAGCCAGCACAUCACCAACUUCGAGAUCGAAAGUGUUAUCAGUUCAUUUUAGACUCCAUCUGAUGGAUUUCUCUUAGUGAACCUCUAUUCCAGCCGGUGCUUGACAUCAUUACGUGUCAAAUGUUAUUAUAAAUAUUUUUCAUGUGUGUACAAAUCUGUUUUUGUUGACCCAAUUCCAAAUACAUUUCCCUGCCACUUUAUUAGGAACACCACGCUGAUCCUGGGUAGGAUUUUGGUGAUUUUCCGCCAAGCGUUCGAGACGCUGGAGACAUUUCGUUUUUGGUUUCUUUGUGCUCGGUUGCGCACUCAUCCUCACAAACAGUGCAGGUUACAAAAGGAAAAAUGCAAAAAUGGUGCAAACUGGCUACUGAUGAAUGAAAACUUUCUAGAUUUGCGGUGCUGUGGUAACAAAGCGCAAAUUAAAGAAACAGCGGGCGCAUUUCAUGUCGAUCACGUCGACCUGUUUGAAAGAGGCGCGAUCUACAGGAUGUAUGAAAAUCUCAGGAGAUGAGCCAUUCCUGAGCUUAAUGGUGCCAACAAGCAUGCAACGGUCAACUUCUGAUGUAUGAUGUUGAUGUUAAAGCUGCUCUCACAUAAUCAGUCGAUUGGAUCAUUUCUCUAAUGCGUAGGUGAACCGUUGUUCCUAAUAAAGUGGCCGAUGAGUGUAAAAACCAGUUUUACUCCAGGAUGUGAUGAUUUAUCUGCAUGCUGUUGCUGUAUAUAUUAAAAUGGAAUUGAAGAAACGUUGACAUUAAAAGGUCGAGACGGGGUGAUAAAUGAAUCAACAGCUUCUGUUUCUGACCAGAUUCAAGAUUUAUCAGCCAGUGAAAUGUUGGUGUUGCUGAAGUUGCCAGAUUGUUCUGCGAGUCCUCGUUUAUGUAUUUUCUUUUAUUUCUGGUAUAACGUGACGAGUUUAAUGACUGUUUUAAUAAAAUAAUAUUUUUAAAA